GUACUAGAAGCAGAGUACAACAUCAUGUUCUGUUGUGGAUAGGGAGUGAAAAACAGCAACUUCAUCAUCAACUAUCCAACCAGUUAUCAUCACUGUGUGUUGAAAAUGGCAACACUAUUUUCAUCUCCAUCUCUGCAUUCCAUUCGCCUCUCUUCUCCUCCUUCUUCUACACCUUCUUCUCCUUCCCUCGCGUUUUGCACCUUCCCUCUCCACCCUCGCUGUUCACCUUUGAAGGCAUGGACAGUCAAGAACCGUUUGUUUCGUGUGGCCAAGGCGGUUGAAGGAGAAGAAGAAGUCAGCACCACUGAGUCUGAACCACCGCAACAACCAUCCACCUCGGAGCAGCAACCCGUUGUGGUUCCCAUUUCCCCAUCUGAUACUCUCACCAUGCUCUUUCAGGCAGAGGGAAUAUUGAAUGAAACAGCUGUUCCAGCUUUAACAAAAGCUCUAGAGGAGACAGAUGGUGUUACCAAUUUGAGGGUUCAUCUUUUUGAGGGACUCGCAAGUUUAGAGUUGGAAAAACAGACAACAGUCCAAGCUACAGGAGUGGCUUCUAGUCUGGUAGAAACCAUACAAGGUUUAGGCUUUAAAUUACAGACGUUAAAUCUGAGCUUUGACGACGCAGAAGUUGCAGCUGCCUAGACUAAAUGUGCUGGUUUAAGACCACUGGAGUUUGAGGAAGGAACAAUUUAUAGAAGUGGCAUGUUCCUGCUUUUCUGACUAACGCCUACUGCAGUCAUUUUUGGUUUGUAUAGGCUUUGAUUAAGGGUGUUGGUUAUCUUUUUUUGUAUUUGGAGGGUGUUGCUUAAAUUUCUUUAUUGUUGUUAUUAUUUCCUGGAAAAAUUUUAAGAGUAUGUAAUGAUAAAAGGCUUCAACUGAUACAGCUUUUUGAUGGUAGAAA